AUGUAUCCUUGUGUUUUCUUUUUUCUCCUGUUGUGGGCACGAGCCCUGACGUUGAAAAACUUGAAUUACUCUGUUCCGGAGGAGCAGGGGCCGGGGACUGUAAUUGGGAACAUUGCCAAAGAUGCCAGACUUGGACCGGGAGAGCGCGGCAAGAAAUCCAACUUCAGGGUGUUGGAAAAUUCUGCCCCGCAUCUCAUAGAUGUGGAUCCCGAAAGCGGACUGCUCUAUACGAAACAGCGGAUUGACAGGGAAACACUGUGUCGGCGAAACCCCAAGUGCCAGCUCUCAAUGGAAGUAUUCGCCAACGAUAAGGAGAUCUGCAUGAUUAAGUUGGAAAUUCAGGACAUAAAUGACAAUUCGCCCACCUUUCCUUCUGAUCAAAUCGAUAUUGACAUUUCUGAGAAUGCAGCUCCUGGUACUCGCUUCCCUCUGGCUAGCGCACACGACCCAGAUGCAGGGGAAAAUGGCUUGAAAACAUACCAGAUCACGCGAGAUGAUUACAAUAUAUUUUCUUUAGAUGUAAAAUCCAGAGGAGAUGGGACAAAGUUCCCAGAGUUAGUUGUUGAGAGAACCUUAGAUAGAGAGGACCGAAGCCGGCACACGCUAACAUUAACAGCAACAGAUGGAGGGGAAUAUCCAAGAACAGGGACGAUGCAAAUCAAUGUCAGGGUGACUGAUUCUAAUGACAACAGUCCGCUGUUUGAACAGUCUUCAUAUGUUGUAGAGAUUCCGGAAAAUGCCCCUAUAGGAAAAGUAUUGAUUGAUUUAAAUGCAACAGACCUAGAUGAAGGAAACAAUGGACAGGUUGUAUAUUCGUUUGGUGGUUAUACCCCAGACAGGGUCCGAGAGUUAUUCUCUAUUGACCCCAGAACAGGUGUCAUAAAGAUUCAGGGUGAAAUUGACUAUGAGGAAAGCUCAGUUAUAGAGAUUGAUGUACAGGCAAAAGAUUUGGGUCCUAACCCCAUCCCAGGCCAUUGCAAGGUCACUGUUAAGGUGGUGGACAGAAAUGAUAACUGGCCAUUUAUAGGUUUUGUUUCUGUUCGACAGGGGGCCAUCAGUGAAGCUGCUCCCCCAGGAACAGUCAUAGCAUUGGUCAGAGUCACUGAUAAAGACUCAGGGAGAAAUGGGCAACUCCAGUGCAGAGUGCUGGGCAAUGUGCCUUUUAAACUGGAGGAAAAUUCGGACAAUUUUUACACAGUUGUAACUGACAGACCAUUAGACAGGGAGAUGCAGGACGAAUACAAUGUGACAAUAGUGGCCAAAGACAAUGGGAUUCCACCAUUAAAUUCUUCAAAAUCUGUUACAGUGAAAAUUUUAGAUGAAAAUGACAAUGCUCCCCGGUUUCCAAAAGCAGUUUACCUCCUGCAGGUACCUGAGAAUAACAUCCCAGGUGAAUAUCUUGGGUCAGUCCAAGCUCAUGAUCCAGAUCUGGGCCAAAAUGGAACUGUGUCUUAUUCCAUUUUGCCUUCAGAUGUCGAUGAUGUGUCUAUAUACACCUACGUGUCUGUCAAUCCCACAAAUGGUGCCAUAUAUGCCCUGAGAUCAUUUAACUAUGAGCAGACAAAAUAUUUUGAAUUUAAAGUUCUGGCCAAGGAUUCAGGGUCACCGCAUCUGGACAGCAACGCAACUGUCAGGGUCAGUGUGCUGGAUGUCAAUGACAACACGCCAGUCAUCGUGCUGCCCCUUUUGCAAAAUGACACUGCUGAAAUCCACGUGCCAAGGAACGUGGGCGUGGGGCACAUCGUGACCACGGUCAGAGCUGUGGACAACGACUACGGAGAGAGCGGGCGUCUCACCUACGAGAUCUCCGAUGGGAACGAUGAGCACCUAUUUGAGAUGCACUCAGUCACUGGAGAAAUUAGGACUGCUCAUCCAUCUUGGGAGGAAGUGGCCCCGGUUGUGGAGCUUAUCAUUAAGGUGACUGAUCAUGGGAAACCCACGCUCUCAGCUGCAGCUAAGCUAAUCAUCAAAGCGUACUCGGGACCUCUGCCGGAAGGGGAGCCCAGAAUCACGGAGGAGCAGCGACGCUGGGAUGUUUCCCUCCCCCUGAUUGUUACCCUCAGCGUUAUCUCCAUCAUGCUACUGGCCGCCAUGGUUACCAUUGCUGUCAAAUGCAAGCGGGAGAACGAGAUCAGGACUUACAACUGCCGCAUCGCUGAGUACUCACACCCGCAGAUAGGAAAGGGCAAAAAGAAGAAAAUCAACAAGAAUGACAUCAUGCUGGUGCAGAGCGAGGUGGAGGAGAGGGACGCCAUGAACGUCAUGAACGUGGUGAGCAGUUCCUCCCUCGCCACCUCUCCCAUGUAUUUCCAAUACCAGACACGCCUGCCACUCAGCUCCCCCAGGUCAGAGGUCAUGUACCUCAAACCUGCCGCCAACACCCUGGCAGUUCCCCAAGGACAUGUCGGCUGUCACACCAGCUUCACGGGCCCUGUGACUAAUACCACCGAGACUCCGGUUAAUAGGAUGUCAAUAAUCCAGACAGACAAUUUCCCUGCAGAGUCCAAUUACACGGGCAGCAGGCAGCAGUUUGUUCAAAGCAACUCUACUUUCAAGGACCCUGAGCGUGCGAGUCUUAGAGACAGUGGCCACGGUGACAGCGACCAGGCAGACAGUGACCAGGACACUAAUAAAGGUUCCUGCUGCGAUAUGUCAGCCAAGGAGGCCCUUAAGUUGAAAGCGACUUCAGCUAAACCCCAGCCUCUUGAGCAAGAACAAGAAGAGUGUGUUAAUUGCACAGACGAGUGUCGAGUGCUUGGGCAUUCUGACAGGUGCUGGAUGCCACAGUUUGCAGCAGGGAAUCAGGCGGAAGGCACAGACUAUCGCACCAACGUGUUCGUACCGGCUGGAAUGGAGGCGGUGAUGGAGUCCGAGGCUUAUGAGACGGUAAGCUCCACUGGAAAAAAGACUUUCUGCACCUUUGGGAAGGACAGACGGGACCACACCAUCCUGGUGGCCAAUGUCAAACCUUACCUGAAAGCCAAGCGUGCCCUGAGCCCCUUGCUGCAGGAGGUCCCUUCACCGUCCUGUAGCCCCGCCGAAACAUGCAUGGCCUCGUGCACCCACGGGAAAGGGCUGACAGAGUGCAGUGAGGUAGACCCAGGAAGUAGCCAUUACGGGCCACCUGACGGACAGUAUCUAUCGCCCUGUAAACAGCUGAGAGAGCCCCCCUACGUGACCCCCCACCCUGAGCACUCCAGUGAGGUGGGCCCCGGCGUGCUGGAGCCGUUGGAGCAUGGAGGUCGCCAGUUCCGCCCGGUGGGGGUGGAUUCUGAUCGGGUAGUCAGACAUCUCGACAAGCUUUUACAGGACUGCAGAGGAAGUGAAGCCACACCUGUCAGGAAGUAA